AUGAAGCACAGCAUCGGCUCGAGGAGCUCAAGGACGCCGUCUUUGAAGCAGAUGAUCUUUUGGACGAGUUUGUUACCCUUGCUGAGCAGAAGCAACUCUUGGAGGCUGGAGGUAGUCUCUCGAAAAAGGUUUGUCGUGUUAAGAAAAUCAGGAAGAAACUGGAUGCUAUUGCUUACAACACUCAAUUUAGCUUUAAGCAUGAUCCCGAGCCUAUUCGGAGGAGAAGGCCCGAGACCUGUUCUUAUGUGGAUGCAGGUGAUAUCAUUGGAAGACAGGAUGGAUGACUUGGAGAAGAUUGUUGGUAUGAUGCUCGAUUCUAAUAUGCAACGUGAUGUAUCUUUUCUCACGAUUGUGGGAAUAGGGGGGUUGGGCAAAACAGCCCUUGCUCAGCUUGUGCAUAAUGAUCCAAGGGUUACAAGUGCAUUUUCGUUGAGGUUGUGGACUUGUGUCUCUGAUCAAGAUCAGAAGCAACUUGAUGUAAAAGAAAUUAUUUGUAAGAUGUUGGCUUUUGGCCAAUCACAUGAGCACUCCACCUUGGAUCAGGUACAGAAACAGCUACACGGUCGACUAGCAGGCAAAAAAUACUUGCUUGUUCUAGACGAUGUAUGGUCUGAGAAGUGUGUCCAGUGGCGUGACCUGGAAAGAUUUUUAAUCGGAGGUCAAAGAGGAAGCUGGAUAUUGGUAACAACACGUUCACUAGCGACAGCAAAAAUUAUAGGAGAUGGUCUAACAUAUGAGCUCCAAGGCUUGUCAGAGGAGAAUUCUUGGUGUUUGUUUGAAAGGAUGGCUUUUGGAUUACAAUCGUCUAACCCUGCUGACGACUUGGUCAAUAUAGGGCAAGAGAUUGUUAAAGGAUGUUCUCGAGUCCCCCUUGCUAUAAGAGUUGUGGGAAGUCUCUUAUAUGGUCAAGACAAGAGUAAGUGGCUAUCACUUGCGCAAAUUGGAUUAGCCAACCUCAGAGAUAGCCAGAAUGACAUCAUGCCUAUAUUGAAGCUGAGUUAUCAUAAUCUCGAGUCUCCCCUAAAAAGUUGUUUCAGCUAUUGUGCGUUAUUUCCUAAGGAUUAUUGGAUAGAAAAGGAGAUGCUAAUAAGCCUUUGGAUGGCACAAGGCUAUAUCGUCCCUUUAGAUGAAGGUCAAAGCAUUGAAGAUGCUGCUGAGGAAUAUUUUUCAAUUUUGUUGCAAAGAUGUUUCUUUCAAGACGUACUAAGAGAUGUGAAGAAUGGUGAUAUUGUGAGUUUUAAGAUACACGAUCUCAUGCACGAUGUUGCUCAAAUAGUAACCAAACAGGAGAUUUGUGCAACACAUAACUUUUGCAGUAACUUGGAUAAUAAAGUUCGCCAUCUGUCUGUGACCAGAAACAAAGUUGAAAGAUGUUCGUUAUACAAGUCCCAUAUUCGAACUUUUCUUUUUGUUGGCCAAAGGAGACAAGUUGUUGAAAUGGAACAGUUCUGUGCAGAGGCAUUAUUGGCUAAUUGCUUUUGCCUCAGGGCAUUGGAUUUGAGUCAUCUAAGUUUCAAAACAUUGCCAGAAUCAAUAGGUGAACUGUUGCAUUUGAGGUAUUUAGAUCUCUCGUGGAACAGCAGACUAGAAGUGCUUCCGAAGUCAAUUACAAAAUUAGGUAAUCUACAAACCUUAAACUUAAGUCGUUGCCGUCAGUUGAAAGAGCUGCCAAAAGAUUUGAGCAGGCUGGUGAAGCUUAGGACCUUGCUUACAUCUAAUUGUCGCAAGAUGACUUGUUUUCCCAUGGGGAUGGGCAAGUUGAAUUGCCUUCACAGGCUGAGUGAUUUUAUAGUGGGUGGUGAAGGGAGUUACUCAAGUACAAAGCACUGGUUUGAUGGACUGGAAGAUCUUAAGGCUAUGAACAACCUAAACGGUCAUCUUGAUAUCCAGUUUAAGUGGCCUAAAAAUGAUGUUAAGGUAGAUGAGAGCAGAACUGAAGGACAUUAUCUAAAGAAUAAGGGACAUCUCAAGAGCCUUAAAUUUCUUUUUUGUCAUCAGGAGGUAGAUGGAGUUGUGGAUACUGAGGAAGCAAGAAGAUUUAUGGAAGAGCUGCAACCACAUUCGAAUCUGAAGCGGUUAGACGUAUCAAGGUACCGUGGUGUGAGAAUGCCUGGUUGGGCAACCCUUCUCCCAAAUCUUGUACGUAUUCAUCUCGAGGUUUGCAAGGAGUUGGAGUACCUGCCAUGUCUUGGAAGCUUGCGACAUCUCAAAUCCCUCUGGCUUAAUAGUUUGCCUAAGUUGGAGUAUAUAGAAAUUAGUCCAUCAGUUUUCAGUUCCACGCCUGGGUCAGAAUGUGCUCAAAGAGUAUCAAUCUUCUCCUCCUUGGAAAUCCUUAGGUUGUUGAAAUUGCCGAAGUUGAAAGGAUGGAGAGGUAAUCUUCAUCUCCUUGAAGAUAACAAAAACAUACAAUUAUGUGUCUUUGGUUUGACAAUAAUUGAUUGCCCAGAGUUGACAUGUAUUCCAUUGUGUCCCAAGCUUGAAUAUCUAUCCCUAAGAAACUUCAAUAAAAGACUGAAAAUAUUACAAACAAAAAGGGAUGAAAAAAUAGAAGUUCCUCCCUCAUCGGUAUUCUCUUGUGAUCCUGAAAAUUCGAGUAAAACUAGUACUAUUCUAAUUCCUACAAUAAGGAGCGUUGUUAUAGACAAUGUGAUGGGUUAAAUUGUCUGCCAAUGCUGGCUUUCCAGAGCCUUGAAAGCUUAUCAUUUGAAGGUGUUUGGUGUGAGGUGGAGAGCUUAGAAGAUGUAGAGGAGGUGUUUCGUAGCUACUUGUCUUCUCUGCAAACCUUGAAAUUUGAAAGAUGUGACAAACUAAGGAGUUUUUGUGGAGGAUUAGAGCAUCUCACUGCCUUAAAGAAGUUAGUGAUACGGAACUGUCCAAAUGUGAGGCUUUCAGAAGAGACAGAGGAUGGCAGGCCAUGGCGAUCCCUUCAUCACUCCCUCCUCGAUUUGAGAUUUGAGGGUCUACCACAGCUAGUGAGUCUGCCUGAUUGGAUGCAAUCCUUAGCUGCCCUUGAAUACCUACGUAUUUGUGAUUGCAUGAGACUCAAAUCAAUACCGAAUUGGAUGCCCAAACUCACCUCUGUGAAACAACUUUACCUCUUUGAAUGUUCAGAAAGCCUUAAGAGUAGAUGUCGAAAAGAACCCCCCGGGGCGGAUUGGUCCUACAUUAAACACAUCCCCAUCGUUAUAAUUCGAUAGGAUCAUUCUACUUAUUUCCGCUGCUUCUCUAUUAUCAUUGUUAUUCCAUAACCAGAUAGCUAGAGAAAUUUAGAAAUUUUAAGUGGCAACUGUUGAGGAAGAAAGAGCUUUUGACAAACAAGUGCUGCUACAAUACAAGGGCAACAAAGCUAGUUUCAAGGAGAAUGUACACAUUAUAUUCUUCUCCUAAAUUUGACCAACUUGUUAGUUUCCUAAUAUACUCCGUAAUCAGAACUACUGCUGUGUCACAA